AUGGCAGAAUACAGAAAGCUUCCUCCAAAAGAACCACGAGUCCUUACUCCGGAACAGCAGGCAGCUCUGGAUGCAGUUCACAAGCCAAGCAACCGAGGAAAAAGGGUAAAGAAAGAAACAACUGAGAAGGAUGAAUCUAAGCCUUCCAAAUCAAAUAAGCGAAAGUCGGAGAAAGAGAGCUCUUCUAAGCCGAAGAAGGUUAAAAGAAUGGCAAGAAAAUCCAAGAGUCCGACUCCCGCAGACUCAGGUCACAACGAUGAUGAAGUAGAGGAAUCUCGUCAGGAAUCUCCAAGAGGUAAUACUCUACCCAAAUCUCCCACUCCAACCGAAUCUCCUUCUCAUAAACUUCCAACCCCACCUCCAUCACCGAAACUGAAAGUUACAGUUUCGGUUGAUCUUACAUCAACCUCUAUUUCAACACCACCAGUUACUUUUGUUUCCAUUUCUACAACCACUUUCACCACUACUAUAUCACAAACAGCACAUGUGUCUUCUACACCAGUUUCUUCUACACCUAUUUCUACAAUACCUUUACUUCCUAUCAUUACCCAAACCACCACCACUACACUUCCUGAACAGACAGUAGACGUCAACGUAUCUGAUACGGGGGCAACUACUGUUACCCAAUCUCCUGUCAUCACUAAACCACUUUCACCAACCAAAUCAACCGGUUCCGGUGCUACUUUAGGUGGAGACAAUGAUGAGUAUGACUCUACAUACUUUAGUCCAUAUCGACUUCAAUUUGAUGAAGACAAUGAUGCUCCUAUCAACCGCCAAUAG